UGCCGGCCCAUAUAAAUGCACCUGACGGCAGCGAAUUAUAAGCCCUGCGUUCAGCUACAAAGAAGGGAGCACAUCGGAAGACAGGAAGAUCGAGCAGAGCAAAAUGGCGCCUCAGACUGUACUCAUCACUGGAUGCUCGUCGGGGAUUGGUCUAGCCACGGCAGUGAUGUUAGCUAAGGACAAGCAAAGUCGCUUCAAGGUGUAUGCCACCAUGAGGAAUUUAAAUUCAAAAACCAAACUCGAGGAAGCGGUAGGGAACACCCUUAACAAGACACUCCUUAUCCGGGAACUUGACGUCACUAAGGACUCCACCAUCAAAUCGGUUGUAGACGAGAUCCUGCGAGACAACGGGAGAAUUGACGUUCUCGUGAACAACGCUGGAUACAUGGGUUUAGAUGCCAUCGACCAGAAGUCGCUUGAGUGGUGCCAAAAAAUGAUGGAUACCGACUACUGGGGCGUGGUUAGAGUUACGAGAGCCGUGUUACCAGCGAUGAAGACGCAAAAGUCGGGCAGGAUUAUUUGCGUCACCAGUAUGGCUGGCAUCCGAGCUGUCCCUUUUUUUGCCACCUACUCUUCUGCGAAGUUUGCUGUGGAGGGAUUCUGUGAAUCCAUGGCCCCAAUGUUGAGAGACGGAUAUAAUAUCAGGGUGAGCAUCGUGGAGCCAGGGCCAGUUCAAACAGAGCUAAUUACUGAGGUCAUGGGGCAGCCGGUAGAAGAACAAGCUGAAGACUUCCCUCCAAUCUUGAAGGAGUCAUGCAUUGAAGGCUUAAAGCACCUGAUGGCUAACGAUUUCGCCGUCAUUCAAGGUGCAGACGAAAUAGCGAAGGUCCACAUGGAUAUCAUUCUCAGUGAGAAUCCUCACCUGCGGUACCAGACCUCGGAAGCCUUGACCAAGAUGGCCGCCGAGAAACUACGCGACCCGACAACGGAUUUUCUCCUCAAUGUGCUGAGGAAAUAG